AUGAAUACCAGCAUUGUGCGAUUGAAAACUGCAAGCAUCCAGUUUGACAAGAGUCCACGGGCACGUCAACCGUCGAUUUCCGACUCGGAGACUCUCGAGGCUCUCAAACACGCCUCCCAUGUGCUGCAAACCACCCAUGAGCCCGUGGCGUUCCCUACAGAGACGGUGUACGGACUAGGAGCCAGUGCUCUGAGCACAGAGUCGGUCAAGAGCAUUUAUGCUGCGAAAAAUCGACCUGCCGACAACCCUCUGAUUGUGCAUGUUUCGUCAUUGGAUCAGCUGAAGCGCAAGAUUCUCAAGGGCCGAGAGAUUCCCGACGUUUACACGCCGCUGAUUGAAAAGUUCUGGCCUGGUCCUCUAACGAUUUUGCUUCCGCUUGACUCGGACAGCGAUGUAUCGCCUGCCUGUACCGUUGGUCAGCCCACAGUUGCUGUUCGAAUGCCAGAUCAUCCAGUGGCACGCUCCCUGAUUGCUCUCAGUGACUUGCCUCUGGCCGCUCCCUCCGCCAAUGCGUCUACUCGACCGUCUCCCACAACUGCGGACCAUGUUUACCAUGACUUGCAGGGCCGAAUUCCGCUCAUUCUGGACGGAGGCGCCUGUCAUGUGGGUGUUGAAUCGACGGUGGUGGACGGUCUCUCUGAUCCUCCUAUGCUGCUGCGACCUGGAGGAGUCAGUCUGGAGCAGAUUAGAGAACAUGGAGGCGAAAAGUGGAAGAAUGUUCUUGUGGGACGAGCAAAUGCAAAGACUGACGAGGCCGUGCGGACUCCAGGCAUGAAAUACAAGCAUUACUCACCAACUGGAAAGGUGGUUCUGUUUGGACCUGUGAGCGACAAGUCUGUGGAGCAGGCCGUGAAGGAGUACGUGACGAGUGGAGAAUUGGAGGGAAAGAAGAUUGGACUGUUGACGUCACUCACUCUGUCUAAUGACACGCUCCCUGACGUUCACACCCUCAGUAUGGGCACCACUCCUGCCCUGGUGAGCCGAAACCUGUUUGCCGGACUUCGAGAUAUGGACAUUGCGGAAGUCGAGGUGAUUUUGGUGGAGGGAAUUAGAGAGGAGGAUGAGGGGCUGGCGGUGAUGAAUCGACUAAGAAAGGCUGCAUCCGAGGAAAUCACCGUCUAA